GACUCCACACCGCGGCGCGGAUCGGUGGCCUCGGGUCGCAGAAGGUGCAGAGAGAUGGGACCAUCAACCACAAAGAGGAAGGAGGAAGAAAAAUCUAAAGACCGAGGCAAGGAAAGGACUACUGCUAAGGAAAGAGGAGACGAGAGAGGAAGGGAGAAGGGGAGGAGACAACUCCGUACUUCUACUGGUAGCAGCAGGUCCAGGUCUAGUUCUACCUUAAGCAGCAGCUCUGGCUCCAGCUCAGAUUCCUCAAGCGGAUCAAGUUCCUCCAGGUCCAGCCACUCUGGUUCUCCCAGCUCCCGCUCCUCAUCCUCCUCCAGCUCUUCUGGAUCUUCGAACCCUUCUUUCAGACGCCAUGACAAUCGCCGCAGUUCCCACUCAGCGUCCAAAACACAGAGGAGAGGAGAUGAUAACGAGCCAAUGAAAAGGAGCCGAAGCCCCAAACCAACUAAAGUGCACUUGGGGCGACUGACCAGGAAUGUAACCAAGGAUCACAUCCAGGAGAUCUUUGCCAUCUAUGGGAACAUCAAGAUGAUAUAUAUGCCAAUGGACAGACACCACCCACACCUGUCAAGGGGUUAUGCUUAUGUGGAGUUUGAGUCCCCAAAAGAAGCACAGAAUGCCCUCAAACACAUGGAUAGGGGUCAGAUUGAUGGGCAAGAAAUAACCGCGUCUGCUGUACUGACUCCAAGAACCCGUCCUCCACCUCACAGACCUUCACCCCCACGAAGAAUGCCUGCACGUCCUCCAAUGUGGCGUCGCACCCCUCCUCGCAUGAGGAGAAGGUCCAGGUCACCCAGGAGGCGGUCCCCAGAACGCCGUCGCUUUCACUCCAGAUCUCCCGGCCGCAGACGUCCCCGCUCUCGCUCCAGCUCCAACUCCUCUCGGUAGAGGAGCAGCUCUUCUGUCCCCCGGUCCCUAAAACUUAAAAGACCUCGUGGACUCUCCUCCGCCACAUAUGCUUGGCGAUUCUGUUCAGCAACAUUUCUGAUGUAUUAUGGACUCGUCACAAAAAUAAGUUUGCUCUGUAACUAUCCGUCUUCAUGUAGAAAACGGACAGAUUACAAUUUUUUUGUUGUUCAGUUGAACCCAAGGAAAAGUGGUUUUUUUUUUUUUAAAAUAUAAUAUAAUGUGUUUGUGUUUAUUUUGAGAUGUAAUGUGUUUUUUUUUUUUUUUCCUGAGUUGAGCUCGAGACGUGCUGAUUCAAACCACAACACUGGUUCACCAUUUUCUGAAGUUUUGGACGUUUUGAAAAUAUACUUGAACAUAUACGUACAAUCUUUCCUUUUUAUUGCACAACACAAUAAAGCACAAU